AUGUCUAGUCGUAACAAUAACCCCACUAACUUUGCAAACCGUCCCAAAGAGGAAGUUCAAGAAAUUGCCUCCAAAGGUGGCCAUGCCAGCCACACUGGUGGUUUUGCUAGUAUGGAUCCUGAGAAGCAGCACGAUAUUGCUUCCAAGGGCGGUAAAGCCUCUAGUGGUAGCUUCACUCAAGGUAGUGAACGUGCAAAAGAAGCUGGUCGUAAAGGCGGAAGACGGUCUCACCGUACGAAUACUGAACAAGAUGUUGAGGAUUAUGAAGGUCAAGCCUAA